GCUUCCACCUCUACGCCCGAUAUGCAAAACAAAAAUUAAAAACAUUGGUCAGUUCCAGUCGCGUCCACUUGCACACGUUGCAGUUUUAUUGGCAUUGGACGAGGUCGAGUGAAAGCAAAGCGCAAGUCCCGAGAAUCCCGAUUCGUUUGCUAUGUUCAGGGUCAGACCGCUCUUCCCCUGGAUACGAAGCACUCUGCAAACGACCUUGAAACUCCAACCAGAUACAUCCACAUCCGAAUCAGUCGUCCGUCGGAACCUGCGACUCCCACACAUCGGUUGUCGUAGUCGCACUGUGAGCAACCGAAAAUACGGAAGAAUGGCCACCGGAGGAGAAGCAGCCAAGGAGGAAUCCAAGGAGGCAGCCAAGGAUGCAUCCGAAAAGCCAUCCAAGGAGGCUUCCAAAGAGGCAUCCAAAGGGGCAUCCAAGGAGCCUUUCGAAGAGGGCUCCAAUGAGGCAGCCGGCGGAGCACCCAAGGAGGCAGCCAAGGAGGAACCUCCAAAACAACCCAAUCGCUUGGCCUCCUCCAAGUCCCCAUAUCUUUUGCAACAUGCAUACAACCCAGUGGACUGGUAUCCCUGGGGCGAGGAGGCGUUCGAAAAGGCCCGCACCGAGAACAAGCUCAUCUUCCUUUCCGUGGGCUACUCGACUUGUCACUGGUGCCAUGUAAUGGAGCAUGAAUCCUUCGAGUGCCCCGAAACAGCAGCCAUUAUGAACGAGCACUAUGUAAACAUAAAAGUGGAUAGGGAGGAGCGUCCGGACAUCGACAAGGUCUACAUGCAGUUUCUCCUCAUGUCCAAGGGCAGUGGUGGAUGGCCAAUGAGCUUGUGGCUAACUCCUGAAUUGGCUCCAUUGGUGGCAGGAACGUAUUUCCCUCCAAAGUCAAGCUUUGGAAUGCCCUCAUUCGCCACUGUUCUCAAAGCCAUUGCCAGGAAGUGGACUGUCGACAAGGAAUCUCUUGUAAAGGCAGGAAACGUUUUGCUCACCGCUUUGAAGGACAACCAGGAUGCUGAGGCUGUGGAAGAGGCAGCUUUUGGGCCGGGAAGUGCUAUAGAAAAGCUACGCGAAGCCAUUAACGUCCAUAAACAGCGAUACGACCAGAUUCAUGGCGGUUUUGGUUCGGAGCCGAAGUUUCCGGAGGUACCACGUCUAAACUUUCUCUUUCAUGGGUAUUCCGUCACUAAGGAUAAGGAUGUGCUGGACAUGGCGAUUCAAACACUAAAGCAUAUUGGAAAGGGUGGCAUAAAUGACCACAUCUUUGGAGGCUUUGCUCGCUACGCCACCACACAGGAUUGGCACAACGUCCACUUUGAAAAGAUGCUCUACGAUCAAGGUCAAUUAAUGGCAGUUUUUGCUAAUGCCUUCAAGAUGACCAGAGACAAAGCCUUUUUUUGCUAUGCACACAAGAUCUACGAUUAUUUAAUAAAUGACCUAAGACAUCCUUUGGGCGGCUUUUAUGCUGGCGAGGAUGCGGAUUCGUUGAUCACUCAUGAAGAUAAAGUGAAGGUUGAGGGGGCCUUCUACGCCUGGACCUGGGACGAGAUUGAAGCUGCCUUCAAGGAUCAGUCCGAGCGGUUUGGCGACAUGACGGCAGAGAGGGCUUUUGAGAUUUAUACUUUCCACUACGGUUUAAAGCCACCAGGAAAUGUACCGCCAAGGAGUGAUCCACAUGGUCACCUCACUGGUAAGAACAUUCUUAUUGUUCGAGGAUCAGCAGAGGAGACCUGCUCCAAAUUCGACUUGGAUGCGGAGUUCUUUGAGAGUUUUCUUGCCGUUGCCAAUGAUAUUCUGCAUAUUCUGCGGAAUAAGCGACCGCGUCCCCACCUGGACACCAAGAUCAUAUGCGCCUGGAAUGGCCUGGUGCUGUCGGGUCUCUGUGAACUUGGUAACUGCUACACCGCCAAUCGGGAUCAGUAUAUGCAGACGGCCAAGGAACUUUUAGAUUUUCUCCGCAAAGAGAUGUAUAAACCGGAAGAGAAGCUUCUACUCCGUUCUUGCUAUGGUGUGGCUGUGGGAGAUGAAACCCUGGAUAAAAAUGAAUCCGAAAUCGAUGGCUUCUUAGAUGAUUAUGCUUUUCUGAUCAAAGGCUUGCUGGACUACUACAAAGCUACGUUGGACAUCGAAGCGUUGCAUUGGGCCAAGGCACUGCAAGACACCCAGGACAAGCUUUUUUGGGACGAGCGCAAUGGAGCCUACUUUUUCUCGCAGGAGGGUGCACCCAAUGUUAUUGUGCGGCUAAAGGAGGACCACGAUGGUGCCGAACCUUGUGGUAAUAGUGUAUCUGCACGCAACCUCGUCCUUCUGGGGCACUAUUACGAAGAGGAUGCCUAUAUACAGAAGGCUGGAAAGUUGCUCAACUUCUUUGCCGACGUCAGGCCCUUCGGACACGCUCUCCCAGAAAUGAUGUCCGCUCUAAUGAUGCACAGGAACGGACUGGAUCUUGUGGCAGUGGUGGGUCCGGAUACGCCGCACACCCAUUACUUCAUGGAGAUUUGCCGCAGGUUUUACAUACCAAGCAUGAUCAUGGUGCAUGUGGAUCCCGCGAAACCGGAGGAAGGCUCGAACCAGCGCUUGCAAACAAAGUUCAAGAUGAUCAAUGGCAAAACCACGGUUUACGUUUGCCACGAACGACAAUGUCGGAUGCCGGUUACCUGUCCAACGAUGUUGGAGAAUAACCUAAUGGCGUUCUUUUUCUCAAAGCGUGACUAAGUCCUGAAAGUUUCUCGAACUAGAUUUUUAGACCAUCUAGAUGUUAUUGUUUUUUUUUGCUUUCAAAGCGAAAAUCAGUUCUCGGAACUGCAUAGUUGUAAGUAGUUAAUAAAAUCCCAAUGGACUUGCGACAAAGUCAUAUAACUACAGCUUAUUGAAUUGUCAAGUCUGAUAGACUUUCCCCGCCUGCAUUGCUCCCUAAGUGUCUAGAGUUGGUUGAAGUUGCUUUGUAUAUUUAAAGUAACAUACAACUAAAAUAACCUAUCUAUGUCUAUAUAAAAAGUUAAUAAAGACAACGCGGGGGAAACCCUAAAUUUUGCUUGGUA